AUGGGUUCGAAGAAACUGAUUGCAUCCUACAUCUUCGACUGGAUCAUCAUCAUCGCCUUCGCCGCAGCAGGCGGAGCUCUGUCCCUCGUCAAGCCUCACCAUCGCCCAUUUUCACUUCUCAACCAGGAAAUCUCGUUUCCGUACGUGGAAGAAACGAUUACCACAUGGAUGCUGGUCGUCAUUGCUUUGGUGGCUCCCGCUGCUAUCAUCACUCUCAUCACCCUCAUUUUGGUGCCUGGCGCUGAGGUUCGUCGCAUUUCGACGAGGUCACAGGUCUUGCGCCUCAAACUUUGGGAGUUGGAGAAAGGGCUUGCGGGACUGGCUUUGUCUCUUGCUGUCGCCUUUUUUGUCACGCAAGGGAUGAAGAAUCUGUUUGGAAAACCUCGCCCCAAUCUUCUUGCAAGGUGCAAUCCUGAUCUCGAAGAUAUUACUGCUGCGUACCGUGGUGGCUAUGGACAAGAUCUCAGCGUGCGAUGGACAUUAGUCGAUUCUUCGAUUUGCAAUCAAGACGACGAUGACUUGCUGCAAGACGGCUUCCGCAGCUUUCCAAGUGGACAUGCAUCGUGGUCAUGGUCCGGACUGCUCUACCUCACUCUCUACAUCUGCAGCAAAUUCGCCAUCGGCCUACCCCAUCUCCCAGCGGUAUUCACGCCCCAGCAAAGCCACCGCCGAAAUUCCUCGCAACACGAAUUACUCCCUCUCCACCACCGCGACCAAGCCGGCGGCGGUGCAUCGUCCUCCAUGGAAGGCAAAUUCGAAUCCUCCGACUACGAAAACUCUCACACUCCACACGACCUCACCACCACCACCACCAACCCUCUAGCCGUCCGCAACGCCGCAGCAGCACCACCCAAUUACCUCAUCAUCCUCGCUCUCUUCCCCGUCGGCGUCGCCAUCUACAUCACCAGCACGCGGUAUGCGGAAUUUUACCAUUUUGGCUUUGAUCUCUUGUUUGGGAGUUUUAUCGGGAUUGCGACUUCUUGGCUCGCUUUUCGUUGGUAUCAUCUUCCUAUUUCGAGAGGGCAGGGCUGGGCCUGGGGCGCGCGGUCAAAGGAUCGCUCGUUUGCGAUUGGCGUCGGGACGGGUGGGUAUGUUGGUCAUGAGGGCUGGCGGAGUUCGAAGAGUGGGCAGGGGGAUGUAAGUUGA